CCUGAUAUCACGCGCAAGCUGCAGUGCAGUGCCAACAACCCUCUUUUAAUCAUAGAAGAGAGAUAACCAUAAUACGUAAAAUGAAUAAACAAAUUAGAUAGUUUUUCCUUAGCUUUUGCUCAAUUAAUAUUUGGUUCAUAAAUUCAAUAUUGUGAUUAUAGUUUAUCAAAUAUAAUAAAAUGUGUUUUUGCCAGCCACAUUACAGAUUAAAAAGAAAACAUUUAUGAGCCUAAAAACGCCCAGCCUUCAUCGUUUAUACCGACAAUGUGAUCAAUGGCAUAACAGAAAAGCAAUUUCCAAAGAAAACUCAAAAACAGAAGACAACUGUGUACAAAAAAACAGAAUAAUGACAAAAGGAGAGAAUGAGACUGAGAAAAAUUAAGCGCAGCCAAGCCAGCGGUUGGAGGGUGAUUCGACGAUGCGUGAUAUUUUUUACUGCUAUUUGCUUAGUGCCUGUUUUUUUGGUAUUCAUGGUCGCUACCGAUCAUUACGUUAGACCCGAAAGGCAUAAGUUAUCUUUCACAUUGCACAAAAGUUUUAGAGAUGAUAAUGAUCUACACUCCAAUCCAAACAACCACAAUUUUUCCAUGGUAUACAAAAGACUCGACCAACGAAGAAGACACUUGAGAAAAGCUUGUCAUAUUCUCGGCCUAGACAAAAACGGCAACGACAGUUUACACAGGCCUAAUUCUUGGGAGUAUUUGGUAGACCAGAAGCACCGUCUUGUUUGGUGUAAUGUCUUUAAAGCUGCUAGUACUUCUUGGAUGUAUAAUUUUAAUAUCUUAGCUGGUUAUUCUCCAUAUUUUCUUCGCAAAAGCCGAACGCCGCCUUUAACAUUAGCCAGACAAAAAUACGGCCGUCCAACUUUAGAAUCUUUACAGGAAGCUUUAGAAGACGAAAAAAGUGUCUCGUUUCUUAUUGUGAGACACCCGCUGGAACGACUUUUGUCAGCUUACAGGGAUAAGAUACAGUAUGCGGUUUCCGGGUCGUACCAUUUCAAAUUAGGCAGAGAUAUUAUAAAGAAUUAUAGAAAGAAGGGAACAGCCGGUCCUAAAUAUCCAACAUAUCCUGAAUUUAUCAAAUGGUUAGUGGACUCUGUAAAAGGUGGCAAGCCAUUAGACAUGCACUGGACACCUAUAGUGGAAUUUUGUACACCCUGUAUGUUCAAUAUCAAGAUAAUUGCUCACACGGAAACGUUGGAAGACGACCAAGACUUCAUUAUCAAAAGUGCCGGACUACAAGACGUCAUCAAACCCGAGUGGAAAAACGCUGGCAAGGGAUCUACUACAGCCCAUAUAUCUAGUCAUUAUUCUCAGCUUACUAGAUCGCUAAUUUUACAGCUCUAUCAUAUUUUUAGAUUUGACUUCGAACUUUUCAACUACUCUUUAAAUGGCUACCUAGAAGUUGGGCAACCCGAUCAAGAUCCAUCCACGCUUCUCGCAGCGAUCACUAUGAAAGAUACUAAGCCUAAUUCGAUACCGCAUAUUUAUUGACUACAUCCCUACAACCUUCACGUAAUAAUUAUUAUUUAUUGUUAAGUUUUAAAUAAAAACUUUUAUCGACAA